CUUUAGCUAGCUAUCAACCCUCGACCACUGGUUCUACCAGUAAGGUUAGCUAAUAGUUACUUGUUAAAAAUGUAUGUUUUCCCCUAACGAUUUAGCUUGCACUCUAAAGGAAACGAUAUGGGUCAUUUUCAAAUGAGCUGAAAACGUGCAGAAUCGUAUUGAGUUAGUAGUGAAUUCUGUCUUUCAACAGAUAGCAGUAGUCUAAGUCCCGAUUGGAGAAGGGCUCUUCCAGUGGAGCAGCCUGGAGUGAGUGACCAACCAUGGGCCGUCUGGACGAUGCUGCCAAGCGCAAGGUGGUGGAGCUGCGGCAGGCGGGUCUGAGCUUCCGCAAGAUCAAGGCGGUGCUGGAGCUGGAGAACAUCCGGGUGUCUGCCCAGGCCAUUUACCUGUACCUCAAGGAGUUCCAGAGGAAGAAGGUUCAGAGGGGUGGUGAAAGUGCUGCAGCCCCAGACCCACAGACCACACCUGGGGUUGGAGCAGGGAGGGGAGAUGGUGUAAGCCGGGAGGGCUGGAACGACCAGCAAAUACGGAAUCUACUGAGGGAGGCGUCACGCCACGCAGGCUAUGUUGCAGCGUCAGAGUUCGCCAAGCAGUGUCCUGGCUCCAAUCCUCCUGAGGUCAGGGGUCAGGGGCCGUCUGGGACAGGAAGCGAAGGCGCCAGCAGAGGACAGAGCAACAGGACAGAGAAACCGGAGGAAGGGAACAAGAAGGAGGAUGAGGAUAAGGACAUCCAGAUUGUCAGUGUCACAUCAUUGGCUCAGAACUCUCAACAGAGGGGUCUUCCACCCGCAGGAGCAGCGGCUGUGACUGUGACAGGCGCCUACAUGCGUAAGAGAGCCACGCCCUCGCCAGCUACUAACCCCAUACUGGCAGCACGCAAAAGGCUUCUGGAUAAGGCUUUGUCUCAUAGAGCAAAGAUAAGAGACUCUUCUUAUCAGUCCUACCAGCAAGUAGCAGCUCUGCUGAGAAGAGAACAGUCUAAUGCUUCUGGUUCUGAUGUACAGAGACCUGUGGCAGCAGAUCAACCACAGUCCUAUGACCCAGUCACUCAGAGGCUUACUCAAGUGAGGAAUUUGGAUGGCCAGCAAGGAGGCAGUGUUCCCAGACAGAUGUUCCAGCAGAGAGUCGGUGGCCAAGCUGUCCGCUCCCCACACCCUGCUCCUCCCCGUGUGGGCAUCCGGCUCCCCAACCCCCCACCACCACCACCACCCACCUCCCAGGGUAGUAGCCCUGUCAUCCGCCUCCAAAGCCCUGGGAGCCAGGGCAUGAACCAGGGCCUUCUCAGGAGAGACAGGAACCCCAGCCCUCAGCAGGCAGCUCACCAGGAGGCUGGAGGGAGAUGCGGGGGAGGGGGUGGUGGAGGUGGGGGUCUCCAGGAGCAGGUCCAGACCCUGGGCUCUGAGAUCCACAGCCUGAGCCUGGCGGUGCGCAUGCUGGUGGAGCAGCAGUACCGGCUGGAAAGGGAGCAGGUCCAGCAGACCCAGGUCCAGAAGCAGAUUCUCAGCACCCUGCAGACCCUGGCCUCAAGACUGGAGGCACCCUGUACCAGCCUCCACCAGCAGCGACAGCAUCCCAAAACUCCCCCACCCCCGGUCUUACCUGCCUUAGGCUCUGCCUCCUACAGCCAGGACACAUUCCCCUUCAGCCAAGGAGGGUAUGCUCAGUGCAGCCAGGCCCAGCCCAGCUACAACGGGAUGGACAGCUCCAGCCUGGAGAACAUAGAGACCUUCAAACUGUCCGGACAGAGCCCCCAUGGCAUCAACGGCUUCCAGACGGGCAGCAGCAGUAGUACCACCGAUAGCCUCCUGCUCACACACACCCCUACAUACACGCUGGCGCACACACAGCCUUACUCGUCAGCCUACACACAGCAGCCACACACUCAAACACACAUGCCCUCAUGCACACAGUCUUACGCCACCACAUACACGCAGUCACACACACAGUCCUAUAGAGGAACAGACAGUACAGACUGUCCCAGCACCAGCACAGAGGGAGCUCUCCAGGACUGCAUGGCCCCCACCCAGGCCUCUGUUGACCUGGACUCAGACAUCACAGUCUCCCCACAGGAAACCCAGCUCAACAUCAUUAAAGUGGAGGCACUCUAACAUGCUGACCAGACCGUGCGUGCGCCAUCGUGGGCAUGUUGAUUUUGUCCACCCACGCCAGACGCAAUCAGGGCACGCAGGUUGAAAUAUCAAAACGAACUCUGAACCAACUAUAUUCAUUUGGGGAUAGGUCGAAAAGCAUUAAACAUUUGUCAAUUUAGUUAGCUAGCUUGCUAUUGCUAGCUAAUUUGUCCUGGGAUAUAAACGCAAGCGGUGUGGUCAGCAUGUAAGGCUUCAGUUCACUCGUAUCCAGACUUAUAGGGACAGUUCUCUAGACACAGAUUAAGCCUAGUCCGAGACUUAAAAGCAUGUUCAAUGUAUAAUGGAAAUUCUGGAGAUGGUGCUUUAGUCCAGAACUAUGCUUAAAUUGGUGUCUGGGAAACCAACCACAUAUAGGGUUCAGUUCCAUAGUUUAAAUCCAAAGUUGCUUCUGCUCUGUUCACAUUUGUACAUUUGAUUAUCCAAUACCUCUCCUUUAGCCAAAUGCUUCAUUCAGUACAUGUUAUGUCUUGGGUUUUUAAGGGAUUUCUUGUGUUUUUGUGUCAUUGUGUCAUUAUGUAUGUGUCAUUAUUUUUAGAACCGUGAAUAUCCCCGUAGAAAUGAAUACCACUUCAUUGUCCAUUCUGAAAGGAACAUUUGUCCUCGAGACUAUCUACCAUUUUUACAUGAAACAGUUAUUAUCAAAUCACAAAGAGCAAUACAGAAGAAGCAUGUCUUAUCGUUUUAAUAAUGCAUUUGGAUUAUGUUGCCAUCAGUCUUUACAGAGCAUAAAACUCUUCACCAAUGCAAGGUCUCUGCUGCCUUCUGCUAGAUCAGCCUUAAAGUGCAGAAUGUCCUGUCUGUACAGAACUAAAUGUACUUGAAUAAAGUGCUACAUAAUAUCCAACAAA